AUGUUUUAUUCAGACUCUCGACCACUCUCCCUCUCCUCCCGAGUCUCCGACGACCGCCCACCCUCCCAAGCUACCCGAUACCACGCCAAAAAGUCGGCCGCUGCUUCGCGAUCGGGACGAGGUGGCAUGGCAAGCGUUCUAGACCAGGAACGCUCGCGGACCCGACGAGAUCGGACCUUUAUCGGUGCCGAAUGCGCCGUAUGCGAAGAGCCAUUGGAACACACCCUCCGCGGCGAGCGGAUCCUGCAGUUGUCCUGCGCCCACGUCGCACAUGAAGCUUGUUUCUACGAGUACAUCCGCGAAUUCGAGUCGCAGUAUUGCCCGACAUGCAAGUCGCCUCUAGGGCUAGACACGAGUCGAGGGGGAAAUGUACUGGACCUCGAGAAAUUAGGCUCGAUAAUGAGAUCGUCGCAGCAGCAGCAGCAGCAGCAGCAGCAGCAGCAGCAGCCUCCACCGCUGCGGGAUGGUAGGCAAUCCGCUAUGACAAACCCAGGGUGGGACAAUCGGACGAUGGGCGAUACGGACUCGCACCUGCGGCCGAGCCAGUCACUAAGCGAAGUUCGGGAUCCGCGUAUGCGCGAUAGCGGCCAAAGCAACCCCAUCGCACUAGACCGGUCGGCAUCAAGGAACCACUACCGCAACGAUAGUGUUGCGACUGGAACCGCCUCCUCCGACUAUGCCGAGCCUCAUAAUCCGAUGCGAAGGCACGAUUAUGACGUCCAAUCCAUGGAAACGAGUCUCAGCAGCCCUCGCGGCUCACUCAAGAACCCGAUAGCACCACCCAGCGUGAUGGUUCGGAGCGAGUUUCCGACCUUAACCCGCUCCCGCCAGCAACAGAGCCUAACGUGUCUAGUCACGAUCGAGGUUGCAGAAUCGAAAUGGCGGCCUGACCCAGAAGACAUCCGGCACGCCCCACCACUACCGACGCAUCCAAGCGUAGACUACUCAAUACCAAAAUCUCCGGCGGUAAGCAAACGCCCGACUAUCCCACGCCAAUCGCAGGAAGAGCUCGAUUCGAUCACGGACGAAUUGCAAAAACGUGUCGAUCACUGGCACGGCCUGGACUUCUCAAGAUUCGGAAAAUUGAGGCUGCAUGGCCAGAUCCGCGUGGGCAAGGAUCGACAAUCUUGGCAGGAUUUGGAGUGCUACCUAUUCACCGAAAUGCUGAUCUGUGUGAAAGAGAAGAAGGUCGCUAAUCCACCAACAUGGGACGGGUCGGAUUCGGUGAUGAAGAAGACCAAAUGCACCUUGAAGGGCUCGAUCUUGAUUCGAAAGCAUUUACAAAACGUGCAAGCCUCCCAAGACGAGCCCGAACCUGUCCUCACCCUUGCGCUCUCCGUUCCCGAACUCCCCUCAUUCCAUCUCAAGUUCCAAAAUCGUGGUCAGCUGGAGAUGUGGCGGCGGGCUCUGUUAGAUCUCAAUGGCUUAGAACAACAAGGGUCGAACGAUUAUGACCAAGAAAACUCUGGAACCGACGAGGACGAGUACAGGAAUUCCUUCAACAAAGUCAAACGGGUUUCUUCCGUCAAUUCCUCCUCGUACGGCGGUGGCCGAUCCUACCACACCGCACCCACCGAAUACUCCCGUAUGGGCUCCAUCGAUCAGCGAAUGAUCGUCUCUCCCCACGUUCCCCUCGACCUGGUGGUUGUCAUUCCGGUUUCGUCUUCGAUGCAAGGCCUCAAGAUCAACCUCCUCCGCGACACUCUCCGCUUCCUCGUUGGAAACCUGGGCGAACGUGACCGUAUGGGCCUCGUCACCUUCGGUUCAAGCGGAGGCGGCGUGCCGUUGGUCGGGAUGACCGGGAAGACGUGGAAUGGCUGGAACAAGAUUCUGGACUCGAUUCGACCGGUGGGACAAAAGAGCUUGCGGGCGGACGUAGUCGAGGGUGCCAACGUCGCAAUGGACCUCUUGAUGCAACGGAAGUCCACCAACCCUCUCUCGAGCAUUCUUUUGAUCAGCGAUUCAUCAACUUCCGACCCUGAGAGUGUGGAUUUCGUGGUCUCUCGAGCUGAGGCUGCCAAAGUCGCCAUCCACUCGUUCGGACUCGGUCUUACCCACAAGCCGGACACGAUGAUCGAGUUGUCAACGAGAACCAAAGCCUCGUACACAUACGUCAAAGAUUGGAUGAUGCUUCGCGAAUGCGUGGCUGGGUGCUUGGGCUCCCUGCAGACGACUUCGCAUCAAAACGCGAAGCUCAAACUGCGUCUCCCCGAAGGUUCGCCUGCAAGGUUUGUCAAGAUCAGCGGCGCCUUGCACAUCACCAAACGCGCAACCGGGAGGGACGCCGAAGCUGCUCUUGGGGAUCUGCGGUUUGGCGACAAGCGUGACAUCCUGGUACAACUUGCGAUUGCACCGGACAGCGCGUCGCCGGAGCAAACACCACAAGACGCAUGGGAAUCCUUGGUGUCUGGCCUGGAGGCUCUUGGAGGUCCAUUCGAUUCCGAGGACCAGCGCAAUCUCUCCGUCGAAGAAGUCCCCUUGAUCCAAGCAGACCUCGUCUACGGUGACAUUCUACGCGACGGCACCGUUGCCCAUCUCCCCCGACCGUCCCUCCUCACCAUCACGAUGCUCCCGUCCAACAGCCGGACCAAGUCCCUGGUUCGCCCUCUCUCGCCCCCCAUCCCACCUCACCCCUUCGUCGUCCAACGCCGCAUGGAACUCCUCACCUCUGAUAUGCUUACCCGUGCCCUCACCCUCAUUUCCCGCGGGCAACACGAACGCGCCCACCAUCUCCUCUCCGAAACCCGCUCCAUCCUCAAAGGGCUCGGCAAAGGCGGCCUCCCGCCUCUCCCCCCGCCACCGCAGAGCACUAACGGCCACGCCUCCAGCACCCGCUCGCAGAGCAACAAUUCCCCCGUCAGCGGCAACGCCCCGUCGAUCAGGGACCAGGCUACUGGGUCCACUCCUACCACCCCCAAUCCAGGUGUCUCUUCCAAUACGCCACCCCGACAGCACACACCGUCGCCACCGCCCAACAUGCCUGCACCGCACCCGCUGGCGCCCGCACCGACCGGGAUUGAUCAGACCACCAUGGCAGCGUUGGAUGCGGAGCUGGAGAGCGCACUGGAGUGGAUCCUGCACCCGGCAGUGUUUGGGAGGGACGCGCGCAAGGCCGUGCUACAAGCCAUUGGCGUCAUCUCGAGCCAGCGCGGGUACACGUUUCGCAGUAAGAUUGAGGGGAUGUGGGCGGCGAGGGUGGACGGGGUGGGGCGGUGCGUGCAAAAGAGCCGGGACUGGCGGGAGAGCGGAGGCGAGGGGAUCACGGAAGAGCAGUGA